GCGUAUCUAUAAAAAAAGCCUCGAUCUCUACCUUUUUGUUGUAUGCCAAUAUCACAUUCUAAGUCCCUUGUCUCUCUUAUACGUAUCUGCAUUUAUUAAUUAAAUUAAAACUUAUACAUUAUAGCUAUAUACAUGGCUCGGAGAAGUUACAACAGCAAUGGCGGCAUUGGUUUUAUUUGUGUGUGUGUUGUUGUAAUGUCCGUUGUUGUUUCAGGUCGACCGACGACUUUUCUUGAGGAUUUUAGGGUGACGUGGGCGGAUAGCCAUGUGAAGGAACUCGAUGGUGGGAGGGGAAUUCAACUUCUUCUCGAUCGAAGCUCUGGAUGUGGAUUUGCUUCUAAGAGGCAGUAUUUGUUUGGAAAAGUGAGCAUGAAGAUAAAACUAGUUCCUGGUGACUCGGCGGGAACGGUUACUGCAUUUUAUAUGAACUCAGACACAGACACAAUACGCGAUGAAUUAGACUUUGAGUUUUUGGGAAAUAGGAGUGGACAACCAUAUACGGUUCAAACUAAUAUAUAUGCUCAUGGAAAGGGUGAUAGAGAGCAAAGGGUGAACUUGUGGUUCGACCCGGCAGCUGAUUUCCAUACUUAUUCAAUUAGAUGGACCCAUUCGCUAAUUGUAUUUGGUGUGGAUGAUAUCCCAAUAAGGGUAUAUAAGAACCACGAAGCCAAAGGGAUCCCAUAUCCAAAACAACAACCAAUGGGAAUAUAUUCAACACUAUGGGAAGCCGAUGACUGGGCCACAAGAGGUGGUUUGGAGAAGAUUGAUUGGAACAAAGCUCCAUUCUAUGCUUAUUACAAGGACUUUGACAUUGAGGGUUGCCCUGUCCCAGGCCCCGCAAACUGCCCUUCAAACCCCAACAAUUGGUGGGAAGCCCCGUCCUACCAGUCCCUCUCUCCUUUGGAAGCCAGAAACUAUAGAUGGGUUCGUAUGAACCACAUGAUAUAUGACUAUUGCACCGACAAAUCCCGCUACCCUGUCACUCCACCUGAAUGCGUCGCUGGAAUAUGAAGUUUUCAAGAAUGAUACUCACUCACCCCUCAUUCUGCGUAUUUCCCCCACAAAUUUACUGGUAUAAAUUAGCAAAUAUUUAUGUCUCUUGGAAGGAAAAAAUUAUUUCUUCUCUAUUUCAAAAUAUGAUGUAUAAUGGUGGUCAAUAGAAAAUACCUUGGACAAGUAGGUAUUAUUUAGAUUUGAAGCUGCAUGGCCAUCCAAAGCCAGUAUAUAUUCUAUUUAAUUGUGCUUGAUCCUUGUUUAUGUGGUAAGCAUUUUCUCUCAUUAUGUACUUGUAUUGUUUGCUUAAAUCAAUAAUAAUAAUAAUAAUAAUAAUAAUAAAAAUAGUUAAUCUC